CCAGAGAAAGGGGAGGGGGAGAAGGGAGAGCCCAGCCCAGCCUUCCCCUCCCCUCCUCUCCUCUCCUCUUCCCUCCUCUCCCUUCCCCUGCCCUGCCCAUGGGCCACCUGCCCCAGCAGCUGCAGGAGAGGAGGAGGAGGAGGAGUGAGAGAAGGGGGAGAUCCAUCUAAAGGACAAAGGACAUCACCCUCAGGUCAUCUGGAUGUCAGCAUGGCAGCCUCAAACCUGGAGAACCAGUUGCACAGUGCCCAGAAGAACCUGUUGUUCCUUCAACGGGAACACGCCAACACCCUGAAGGGCCUGCACGCUGAGAUAAGACGCCUGCAGCAACAUUGCACAGAUUUAACAUAUGAGCUGACACUGAAAAAUUCGGAGCAGGCAGGAGACGGAAGUUCCCGGAGCAGCGAGCUGAAGCGGAGAUGCGAAGACCUGGAGGCUGAGCUGAAGGCGAAGGAGGCGGAGAACCAGGCGCUGCUGCAGGAGCUGGAGCAGAAGAACGCGCUGAUCGCGGUGCUGGAGACCACGGUGAAGGAGCGGGAGAAGAAGUACCUGGAGGAGCUGAAGCUGAAGAGCCACAAGCUGAGCGUGCUGUCGGCCGAGCUGGAGCAGCGCGCCGGCACCAUCGCCUACCUCACGUCGCAGCUGCACGCCACCAAGAAGAAGCUGCUGCUGGGCCCGGCCGAGGCGGGCGCCGCCGGCCCCGCCGCCGCCUCGGGCCCCGCCGCCGCCGCCGCCGCCUACAAGCCGGCGCCCCCCAAGGAGAAGCUGCCCGAGACGCCGCGGCGCCGCAUGAAGAAGAGCCUGUCGGCGCCGCUGAACCCCGACUUCGAGGAGGUGUACAGACUGGGCUCGGAGAGCCGCAAGCUGCUGCUGCGCGAGCCGGUGGACGCCAUGCCGGACCCCACGCCGUUCCUGCUGGCCCGCGAGUCGGCCGAGGUGCACCUCAUCAAAGAAAGGCCCCUCGUCAUCCCGCCCAUCGCCUCGGAGCGCACGGCGGGGGACCAGCACAGCCCCGCCCGGGAAAAGCCGCACAAGGCGCACGUCGGCGUGGCGCACCGCAUCCAUCACGUGCCGCCCGGCCCGGCGCCCCCCGAGGUGGAGACGCUGGCGGUGGAUCAGGUUAACGGAAGCAAAGUUGUUAGGAAGCACUCAGGGACCGAUAGAACUGUUUAAGACAAUCCGAUGAGACCCGAUAUUCCAUUGCUGUUCAUGCACUGUGAUCACUCCUAGGAAACACAAAUUCGUCUACCACUUUUUUUUUAAGUCCCAUGCAUGCCAAAAAAAUUUUUUCAGACCUGUCCGAUUCUUCCCCUCCUCUUCCUCUUCCUCCUCCCCCUCCCCUCCCCCAGCCGAAGUAGGGAUCGCGUUCCUAAUGCAGAACAUGUAUUCACCAGCCGCCGCGGCCGAACCCCCGUGUAUCCGAAUGCUUGCUUCUGCCCCUCCACCGUUUAAUCAAAGCGCACACGUGGACAAGAGCACGGGCCGCGUCAUCACGUGAUAUUAACGCCCCCAAAUAGUGACACACCUAAUUAUAGAGCUGGAACGACAUGUAUCACCUUACGUAUGAUCCCCCCCUCCUUCCGAGUCUUCAGUACCUCCCGUAUGUAACAGUCAUACGUAGCGGAGACUAUCGUAAUUCCACGGACAAACCUUUCACAGGCAGCAUUGACAACAAUGCAGAUAUAUGUAUAUGUCAAAAGGAACUAAAUAAGAUUGACAUUACUCUUCAUGUCACCUUGACCCUAAUGUGUGUUCAUAUUUUUUGUUAUAUUUUAUUCCAAAUUUUGAAGAUCCCAACAAACUUUAUUUUCUAAACCUGC